AUGUUUGGACCUGAUAUAUGUGGGGACAGCACCAAGAAAGUUCAUGCCAUUGUUUCUUACAAUGGAUCGAAUUACUUCCUCAAGAAAGAUGUGCCUUGUGCGACUGACCGGCUGACUCAUGUUUAUACUUUCAUCCUCAAACCUGAUGCUACCUAUACCAUCCUAAUUGACAAUGUGGAGAAACGAUAUGGUAGUUUGUAUUCUGAUUGGAAGAUUCUUCCUGCAAAGAAGAUCAAAGAUCCUGAAGCCAAGAAACCUGAUGAUUGGGGCGAUCAGCAGUAUAUUCCUGAUCCAGAAGACAAGAAACCAGAGCCUGAAGACUGGGAUGAUGAGGAGGAUGGUGAGUGGACACCUCCAAAAACUGUAAACCCCAAGUACAAGGGGCCAUUGAAGCAGAAGAGCAUAAAGAAUCCAAACUACAUGGGGGAGUGGAAGGCUCCUAUGAUCGACAACCCAGAUUUCAAGGACGAACCAGAUAUUUAUGUCUACCACCAUUUGAGAUACGUGAGGAUUGAAUUAUGGCAGGUAAAGUCUGGGACCUUGUUUGAUAAUGUUUUGGUGUGUGAUGAUCCUGAAUAUGCAAAGCAGCUUGCUGAAGAUACUUGGGGAAAGCACAAAGAUGCAGAGCAAAUUGCAUUUGAUGAGGCAGAGAAGAGGAGAGAAGAAGAGGAAUCAAUGAGUGAUCCAGUUGGUUCAGAUGAAGAUGAGGAUGUUGGUGAUGCAGAAGGUGAUGGGUAUGAUGAAGAGGCUAGUAAAGAGACAGACAGAGAUGGUUGGGCAGCAGAUGAUGCACACUCGCCACAUUCGACAACAGAAGAGAGAGAAAAGGAGACGAAUUCGCCGCAGCCACAGUCGGCGUUACCUGAUACUCUAUAUCUCUUCCUUUCCUUUUCUUUGUCUUCCUAA